UGGAGACACUCCUUGUCAAGAGCCGACUGCGAGAAUGUCGUCCGUUUUCAAGAUGGUGCUCGAUUGGCUUCGAGGGUUGCUAUUCUCCAAAGAACUAGAGAUGACGAUUGUUGGGCUCCAGAACUCUGGCAAGACAAGCUUGGUCAAUGCACUAUCUAACGGCCAAUUCUCAGAGUCUGUGGUACCUACUGUCGGAUUCAACGUCAAGAAAGUGACGAAAGGCAAGGUCACGAUGAGGUUAUGGGACAUUGGCGGGCAGCCGCGGUUUCGCAGUAUGUGGGAACGAUACUGCCGAGGCGUCAACGCGAUACUCUUCAUCAUAGAUUCAGCGGAUCAUGAAAAGCUAGACUCGGCCAAGGAAGAGCUUCUGACGUUGCUGGAGCGGCCACAGCUUGCUUCGAUCCCAGUGCUCGUACUGGGCAAUAAGAACGACUUGCCCAGCGCAUUGAAAGUGGCAGAUCUCAUUGACCGGCUGGAGCUAGCAAAGAUCGCCAAUAGAGAGGUGAGCUGCUACUCGAUCUCAUGUCAAAAUCAGAACAACAUCGACAUCACCAUGAACUGGCUGACGAAGCGAGCGUGA